AUGACUCAAACCGCCAACGCUGAUACGCUAACCCCGGCCCAACUGUCCUCCUAUCUUGCCCGCAUCGGGUUCAAGUCCGCCAGCAAUGACGCCUCCGCCGCGCUUCCGACCCUAGAGACCUUGGAGCGUGUGCAGCACCUGCAGUUACAUUCUAUCCCCUACGAGAACCUUUCGCUGCACUGGCGUAUGCCGGAGGCCAUUGGCGGCGCUGCGUGUAGCUUGGCGCCUGCCGACUUGGUGGAGAAGAUGUGUCUGGGUGGGACUCGGGGUGGCUACUGCUUGGAGCUGAAUGGGUUGUUGGCACGUGCGCUCCGGGCGCUGGGUUUCCAGGUCACCGUAUGCACCGCCGCUGUAGUCUACGACGCUGCGGUUGAGAGCAACAGCAACACGCAGCGGAGCGAGGCCGAGAACGAGGACGCUGAGGAUGACUUAUCGAGCGCUUUGGAAGCUCAAGCCUGGCCUACCCACACGCUGCUCCUCGUUUCGUCAACUGCCAUGGAAGACUCAUAUCUCGUCGAUAUUGGCCUGGCAAAGUACUCGCUCACGGAGCCAAUCCUGAUCCAAGACAAGGCGCUCGGCGCAGGCAUCAUGGGCAAACAGUUCCGCCUGCGUCUCGCCACGAACCCAUCCGACGCCGACCCGACCUGGAUCCUGCAGAUCAAGACCCCCAGCGACCCCAGCGUCCCAUGGAAGUCUUACUACCGCUUCAGCGCCACCGCGGCUGACCCGGCCGCCGUGGACCAGAUUAACACCUGGAUGUCUCGCGCCCCCGAAUCCCUCACCCCGCAAGUUCCGUUCGCGACCAUGCUCAUUGCUGGCAUUGGGCAGGUCAGCAUUAUGGGCACAGAGGUGGAGAUCCGUAAGGGACCUUCUGACGUUGAGCGGUGGAAGAUUGCGGACGUCGAUGAGGAGCUUGAGCGGGAGAUGAAGCAGUGGUUUGGGGUCGCGGGGUUCAGAGACGGCGGUGUGGUGCGUGUGAGAGUAAGGGAGACCCCUGCUCCGGCUUGGUAA